GUAGGCUACUUGCUGUCUCCUCUCCACACAUCUCUUGUCCCUCCUCGGCGAUACUGACCCCGCCCUAUGGGUCUCCCUGUGCCACUGCAGUGAAACCGACGUUAAAAAGAGAGUUGAGUCAAAAAACAAGAACCUGAAUAUCACUAGCACCGUGUUUUUGUAAUAGCGAGACCCCCUUUUUAUAUCGUUUUUUCUCCCGGAGUCCUCAUUUCCUGGUCAACCUAUUUCAUCAUCCAACCGGCAAGAUGGGAAAUGAAGCAAGUUACCCCCUGGAAAUGUGUUCGCAUUUCGAUGCUGAUGAGAUUAAGCGUCUGGGAAAGAGGUUUAAGAAACUGGACCUAGAUAACUCUGGAUCCCUUAGCGUGGAGGAGUUCAUGUCCCUGCCUGAACUCCAGCAGAACCCGCUGGUCCAGAGGGUCAUCGACAUCUUCGACACCGAUGGAAACGGAGAGGUGGAUUUCAAGGAAUUCAUCGAGGGAGUCUCACAGUUCAGUGUCAAGGGGGACAAGGAGUCAAAGCUUCGGUUUGCCUUCCGGAUCUACGACAUGGACAAGGAUGGCUACAUCUCCAACGGAGAGCUCUUCCAGGUGCUGAAGAUGAUGGUAGGAAACAACCUGAAGGACACCCAGCUGCAGCAGAUCGUGGACAAGACCAUCAUCAACGCAGACAAGGACGGAGACGGCAGGAUAUCCUUCGAAGAGUUCUGCUUAGUGGUGGGUGGCCUUGACAUACACAAAAAGAUGGUGGUGGACGUGUGAGCCCGUCCCUCCGCUCCUCUCCCCCCCUCGCUUUCUUCUCCGUCUGUCUCUGAAGAUCUGCUCAAGACAUCUGACAAACGCUCUCUGUGUAUUUCAAUGGAAGUAUUCUCUCUCUCUCCUUGAAGCCACUUUUUUUCGUAAGAAACCACGAGCCUCGUGAAGCCAACUGUGUUAUUGAACUCCUCUCAAUAACACGAAGAAAGACAGAUGUUCUUGUUUGUAAAGAACAUCCCAGUUCAAUGGAGGAGGGAGGGGGAGAAAUGUUUGCUCCUUUAUAUUUAGGUCAUUUUUUUCUUAUUUUUUUUGGUUAUAUUUAUUUUCGUUCUGGUCUCUUCUUUUUUUUAAAUACACAAAUAUUCAUGUAUAUCUAUAAUGGCUCUCUCGUGGUUAAAUGUGACGUUAUCUGAGGUGUUACAUUAAAUAAAUAAUACUUGAUUUCAGUUACAAUUGAAAAAAGUAGGGUGUGAAGUGCCAACCAGGACAUACCCAGAAACCAGCUGAUAUUGGUAUUACUAUGAACUAUCCACGUCGCUGUCAGUGAUGGAUGACUAGUGUGUGAUACGUCAAGCGUUCCUACGUCAUCACAUGAUGACUAGUGUGUGAUACGUCAAGCGUUCCUACAUCGUCACAUGAUGGCUAGAUGCACAUUUUAUUUUCACAAAUAAACAGCCAUUUCUUUUGUUCCAUUUCCAUCCUCUUGAGCAAGUUGUGAUUAGAUCAGUUAAACUUCCAAUCACAUGAAACAUACAAUAUAAUGUUAUUGUAACACGAGUGUUUUAUUUAUAGUGACUUAUAUAUGUCGGAAAUUAUUAUUCUGUUUCUUGUCAGACUUUCUGGAAGAAGAAAAAAACGAAAUGUCAAGUAGAGAUUACAUGCCAAGAAAGUGUUUUUGUCAUUUAUUGACUUUGAUGACAUGUUUUUACGUUGAACAGUCUGUAUCGGUCUACAUAACAGUCACCCAAUCCAAAGUAACAGGUAGCCUGGCAGUUAGAGAUUAGCCAGCAUCCAGAGGGUUGCCAGUUUGAAAUCCGAGGUCGGAUGGGAAAAAAUCGUUUGGGAAGUGAACAGGCAACGAGAUGGUUGUUGGUAUCAAAUCCUAGAUGCCAUUGCCUGUGAUCUUGAGCAAGGCACUUAACCCCGUACAGCAACUGUUCCACGGGCUCGGUGGUAAGGCUGCUCCAACCUGUGUGUGUGUGUGUCUUUCGGAGGGUUUUGGAAUAGUCACGUUUCAGUUGCACCUUGAAUAAAGUGGCCUAGAGCGCAUCACUCAAGUUGAAGAAUCUCUCUUCAAGUCAUGGAGCGCAUCUACGAAAAUCUAUUGUAUUACAUUUUGAACUGAAGUUUGGAGGAAUAUUCUGAGCCUAAUGACGUCGAGAUUGAAAACAAUUCUCGACAUAGAUUGUAAAUGUCAGUGUGUUAUUGAGACAACAUGUAAGGGAUAAUCAACUAGCUAGAUACGUUCUAUGGAAAGCAAUGCACGACGUGGAAGGUGUGUUCCACGACGCGCUAGCGGAGCGAAACUAACCUUCCACUGAAUUGCACUAUUUUCUAGAGAGCCUGAGUUGAUUAUUCCUUUUAUACCACAGCUAUAAAUUAAACACGUUUGCCGCCAGAAAUGUGUUCAUUUGCAAAGUAGAUAGAAAGUUGCCACGGGAACCAAACAAACAGACUUGCUAGUUUAGUUAUUAAGCAAACCAUCAGUCCACGCUUGCUAUAAUGAAAAUCUAAUUCAACAAUGCCGUUUUUCAAAUAAACUUUUGUUUUUAAAAGCAGUUUAAACAUAGAACAUGUAAGAAUGAACUAUAGCCAUUGAAUUCUACCGUGUUGAUAUACUGUGUGUUAUAGGGAAAUAAUGCACGCUCUAGAAUGCCCUUCAAGCCAAUCAGAAACGAGUAUCCAACAAUGCCAUGGUAUAAAUAAUGUUAAGGCAUCGUAUUGAGACUCAACUGUAGGCCGCAUUGUUAGUUUUGUAACCAAUAGACACUGAGUGUACAAAACAUUAAGAACACCAUCCUAAUAUUGAGUUGCACCCACCCCCCACUCUUUGCCCUCAAAACAGCCUAAAUUCGUCAGGACAUGGACUCUACAAGGUGUUGAAAGCGUUCCACAGGGAUGCUGGUCCAUGUUGACUCCAUUGCUUCCCACAGUUGUAUCAAGUUGGCUGGGUGUUCUUUGGCUGGUGGACCAUUCUUGAUACACACGGGAAACUGUUGAGCAUGGAAAAACCCAGCAGCAUUGCAAUUCUUGGUACAAACCAAAGGCUCUUAACUCUGUUGUCUUGCCCAUUCACCAUCUGUCUGAAUCUGCACACACACAAAUUGUAUCAGGGCUUAAAAAUCAUUCUUUAACCUCCCCUUCAUCUAUACUGAUUUUUAUUUUAAAUGUCUAUUUAACUAGGCAAGUCAGUUAAGAACAAAUUCUUAUUUUACAAUGACGGCCUACCCCGGGACAAACCCUCCACUAACCCGGAUGACACUGUGCCAAUUGUGUGCCGCCCGAUCACGGACAUUUAUGAUACAGCCCGAGAUCGAACCCGGGUCUGUAGUGAUCCCUCUAGCACUGAGAUGCUGUGCAUUAGACCGCUGCGCCACUCGGAAGUAGAUUUAAUAAUCGACUUCAUACCCUUCACCUGGAUUCACCUGGUCAGCCUACGUCAACGGAAAGAGUAGGUAGAUGUUCCUAAUGUUUUGUCCACUCAGUGUAUACACUGUGUCUACUAGAUUAGGUAAAUGCUAUCAAUGUGCAAAUGGGAUGGUGUAUAUUUUAAUGUUUCUUCUUUCACCACUUGUUUUCCUAUCACGGACGCCUCAUCGUUCCUCUCCCUCUGCGGUAUUAAAAGCAGGGAGAUUAACACAAGCAUUUACCAAACUACCGUAUUUAAAGGGGAGGUGGGCAUCCCUGGCAAAAUGUAAAAACAAAAUGGUGUGUCCGGUUGGCUUUGAGUGACCUGAUAGGUGGGUUUGGACACCAGUGAUUUGUUGUCCGGUUGGCUUUGAGUGACCUGAUAGGUGGGUUUGGACACCAGUGAUUUGUUGUCGGGUUGGAUUGAGUGACCUGAUAGGUGGGUUUGGACACCAGUGAUUUGGUGUCGGGUUGGCUUUGAGUGACCUCAUUUCCUGGUUCGGACACCAGUGAUUUUAGUGAGAAACAUUGAGUUGGAGAGUCAUCGGAUGUGUAUCAAACGGCACCCUAUUCCCUAUAUAGUGCACUACUUUUGACCAGGGUUGGCACCCUCUUCCCUAUGUAGUGCACUACUUUUGACCAGGCCUCAUAGGACUCUGGUCAAAACGCCUCCCAUUUGCUUGCAGGAUUUUGGUUACGCAUGUAGAUGAUCCAUUUAAAGAAUCCUCUUGUUAAUUAACACAUGAAUGGUGAUGUUAGUAAUUAUGAUAUUUAAUCAUCUACUGGUGGCUACAAUAUGGAUAUGUUCGCAUUAUGAGCAGUAAAUUCAAACAAACUGAACUAUUUAAGUGUUUAGUAUUUUCCUCCCGGAUCAACGAGAUGAUUCUUAUUUCCCAGUAAAAGGUCUGUUUCCUGCGUCAACUGCUACACACUGCACUCUGCUUUCACGGGGAGAUAUGAUGCUGUUUUUGUAUAUAUAUAUUUAUGCAGUUCCAUCUUUCUGUUCUGUUGUCCUUAUAGUUCCAGACUGCUCCUUAGUUUUGUAACUGCUACUUUUUCUAUUUUCUUUGAAGGAGACAGUUUUUUGUGUUGUUUUUUUAGUAUGUGGAAAAUGAAAAUGGUUUAAGUUUGAGAUUUCUUUUUCCCCUUUUCUCUGCAUUCUGCAUCUGAUGCUGUGAGACUGUUGGAAACGUGAUACUGAAUGACAAUAACAAAUAAAUACACUUUGAAACAUUGUAA